CGAAGCCCUGAAAACCCAUCCAAAACCAUUGUGACAAACACCGCCCAGGACGCAUUCUGACAAAUAACAGACAGCGGCCAGCUUUCGGUCGACGGAGCUAGCCGGCCGGCGCAGCCAUGAGAGGUGGUGGAGCAACAAUGGAGUUGCUCGGAGCAAACCCGCGUCUCCUCUGCUGCCUCUUCCUCUGCUUCUUCUCCUCACUCGCCAUGUCACAGGCCAAGACGGUGCACGAGAAAUGGGACAUCAGCUACCACUUUAAGUCCCCGGACUGCGUCCGCAAGCUAGCGGUGACCGUGAACGGCGGCACCCCGGGGCCGACCAUCCGUGCCGCGCAGGGCGACACGGUGGUGGUCACCGUCAAAAACUCCCUGAUGACGGAGAACGUGGCCAUCCACUGGCACGGCAUCCGGCAGAUCGGCACGCCCUGGGCGGACGGCACGGAAGGGGUCACCCAGUGCCCCAUCCUGCCCGGGGAAACAUUCGAGUACCGCUUCGUGGUCGACCGCCCCGGGACAUACAUGUACCACGCCCACUACGGCAUGCAGCGCUCGGCGGGGCUCAACGGCAUGAUCAUCGUGUCCCCCGCCGAGCCCGAGCCCUUCUCCUACGACGGAGAGCACGACGUGUUUCUGAACGACUGGUGGCACAAGAGCACCUACGAGCAGGCGGCCGGGCUCGCGUCCGUGCCCAUCGAGUGGGUCGGCGAGCCCAAGUCGCUCCUGAUCAAUGGCCGUGGGAGGUUUAACUGCUCGGCCUUGGCGGCGUCUGGUGGUGCUGCUGCCGCCUGUAACGCGACCAGCCCGGACUGCGCCGUGCAGGUGUUCGCCGUGGUGCCCGGGAGGACGUACCGGUUUAGGAUCGGCAGCGUCACCUCCCUCUCCGCCCUCAACUUCGAAAUCGAGGGCCAUCCAAUGACGGUGGUGGAGGCGGACGGGCACUACGUGAAGCCGUUCGUGGUGAAGAACCUCAACAUCUACUCGGGCGAGACCUACUCGGUGCUGAUCAAGGCGGACCAGGACCCGAACCGCAACUACUGGCUCGCCUCCAACGUGGUCAGCCGCAAGCCCAGCACGCCCACGGGCACCGCCGUGCUCAGCUACUACGGCGGCCGCAGCAGCCCGCGCGCGCUUCCCCCCACGGCAGCCCCAACCGGCCCGGCCUGGAACGACACGGCCUACCGCAUCGCCCAGAGCCAGGCCACCGUGUCGCACCCGGCGCACGUGCACCCGCCGCCGCCGCCUCGCGCCGACCGCACGAUCCUCCUCCUCAACUCGCAGAACAAGAUCGACGGCCGGAUCAAGUGGGCGCUCAACAACGUCUCCUUCGUGCUCCCGCACGUCCCGUACCUCGUCUCCCUGAAACACGGGCUCCGCGGCACCUUCGACGAGCGCCCGCCUCCGGAGACUUACGACAACAGCACGGGUUACGAUGUCUACGGGGUGCAGCCGAACCCGAACGCGACCACCAGCGACGGGCUGUACCGGCUGGCGUUCGGGUCCGUGGUGGACGUGGUGCUGCAGAACGCCAACAUGCUCGCGCCAAACAACAGCGAGACGCACCCGUGGCACCUCCACGGGCACGACUUCUGGGUGCUGGGCUACGGGGUCGGGCGGUACGACCCCGUGGCGCACCCGGCGGCGUAUAACCUGAAGGACCCCAUCAUGAAGAACACCGUGGCCGUGCACCCGUACGGGUGGACGGCGCUCAGGUUCCGGGCCGAUAAUCCUGGCGUCUGGGCGUUCCAUUGCCACAUCGAGGCGCACUUCUUCAUGGGCAUGGGCGUCGCGUUCGAGGAAGGCAUCGACCGUGUCGGCCAGCUUCCUGAGGAGGUCAUGCGAUGCGUCAGCAAAAAGGGCGGCAGGCACUGAUCGGAGUCAUGAUUUACGUACUCUACCAAACAUCGUCACUAAUUCCGCGGAGGAAAUAUAUAUAUCUUCGCUAGCUUCGGCAUGUAUGUGUAUUACAUUGUGUUACCAUUGAGUUUAUUGGAUUCAUUUAGUUCACGAUAUGUGAGUUACGCUCUGAUUAGUAAAGCUAUUGUUACUCGAAAAA